AUGGAGGCCACAAAGAACAAGUGGAGUAAGCAUAUGAGUUUCAAGGGUUUGGUUCGGAGCCGAUCGGUGGCAGGAAAAACCGGCGUUGGACCGGAUGAUGCGAAGAAAAAGAGCAAAUUUUGGCGAAGUGGCGCGAAACUCAGACAUCCGGUGGCUCCCGAGGGUUGCUUUGCGGUGUACGUUGGACCGGAGAGGGAACGGUUUGUGGUGAAGACGGAAUUUGCGAAUCAUCCGUUGUUUCAGAUGCUUUUGGAAGAUGCUGAGGAGGAGUAUGGGUAUAAUAGUCAGGGUCCGAUUUGGCUCCCUUGUGAGGUGGGGCUGUUUUAUAAUGUGUUGGCGGAGAUGGAUGGCGGUGAUGGGCUGAGGAACCGUUGGAUGGGCGGCCAGAGCGGUGGUUUGCUCGCUUGUAGCCCUCUUCGGCUGACUAGUUGCGGGAGUAGACAUGACGGCGGGUAUAGGGUGUUGAGUCCGUCGUCGAUGCUUAAAUUAAAUGGUCUUUGA